AUGUUAUUGCUCAUGGACAACGAUCUUUUCGGUGCCCCUAUAAAAAGGAAUAAUCUGAAAAUACUCGAUAUUGGAGCUGGAACAGGCAUUUGGGCCAUCGAUGUGGCAGAGGAACAUCCUGACUUCGAAGUCAUUGGAGUUGAUAUAUCACCAAUUCAACCAAUCUGGGUCCCACCCAACUGCAUGUUUUACAUCGAUGAUGCCCAGCUUGACUGGACCUUUAGGGAAAAUGAUUUUGACUUUAUUCAUGCGCGAGGCCUUUUUGGUGGGAUAGACAAUUGGCAACGCUUCUACGACCAAGCGUUUCUGCACCUUAAGCCUGGAGGAUGGUUCGAAAGCGUCGAGGCUGAUAGCCAAGUUCGCUCGCAGAACGAAGAUAUCGAAAAUGAUCCAGAGCACAUUUUCAAGGAGUGGGCACCAUUAUUCUGGCAAGCGGGUGACAUUAUUGGCAAGACUUUCCGCGUCGCGCAAGAUGACGGUCAUAACCCAAUCAUCAUGGAGAUCUGCAUGAGGAGAGCAGGCUUUGUCGACAUCGUACACAAAAAGUUCGAGGUUCCUGUUGGCGGGUGGCCCGAAGACCCUAAAAUGAGGGAGAUUGGGUUAUACGCUGGUCUUUAUGUCGAUCAGGGACUCGAAGGAUGGGCACUCAGACCGCUCAGUGAGAUUCUGGGAUGGACUUAUGAGCAGCUUCUUGUCUUCAUCGCUAGAAUGUGUAAGGCCUUGUGGGACCCAGCGGCCAUGCCUUACUUCAAUUACCACAUGGUGUAUGGUCGAAAGCCGGAGACUGCGGACUAA